CUCUCAAUUCCCAUUUAAUAUUUAAUGUAAGGUGUUUUAUACAUUUUUUUUAAAUUUCAAUCAUCUAUGGCUUAAUUGAUGACCUGUGUGUCCAACUCUCAUAUAAAUUGAUAUACAUCACCUUCCUCGGUCAUUAUCUUCAUCUCUUGCAUGCUUCGCGUGCAAGGACGGUCAUCUUCUAUCUUUCAUUUUUCAAUAUUAGGCCAGCAAGUGGAAGGAGUUUUUUAUGGCAUUGAGAAUUUGAAGUUCAUUCAAGUGGGAUCCCAAGAAUGUAUUCUUGGUCAUCAAUCGACACUGUGAGAGCAUUCAAUCCAUUGCAGGUUACUUUAAAAUAACUAAUGACCAUUUUCUCAUGUGAUUGAUGCUUUAAAAUGCAAAAUCAAUGUAAAUUCUCAUUAUAUGAGUUUCUUUUCCCUUGAUUGGUGAAUGAUGUUACUUUGACUUUCUAGGCCCUCCACAUUUUGCUUGAAAUCUCAUCAUCUUGAGCUAAGAGAUCUAACAGUAGAGCAUAGACUUUGAUGAAAAUGAAAUUGAUGAAAGGCUAAGCAUGAUAAUUUUUCUUGAUGGGAAAGUGUCCGCACAAGGUGUGGUAAGUAGCGUUUUCUUUUUAUACCAUCACUUAUGCAUGGCCAAUACAUAUUUUCAUAAAUCUACAUAUGCAUCAUAAUAAACAUGCGUCAUGCGUGUAGAGACUCCUAUAAACACAUCUUUACAUGAUUGGACCCGUGCAUGGAUUUGUUUGAGUGUUGCAAAGUUCUUGAUCACCUAUUCACCAUUGAUGUUAUGUGUUAUGAGUCAUUGACGUCACUAAUAUAUUGUGCAUGAAUUUAGUGGUUGGAUCAUAUAUCAUCUAUGCUCUUCACAUUUCGUUGUGUAUGUUUUAAAUUAUUGCUACCUCAUAUUGUUUGAAAAUGGCCAUGAUUAUAGAUUUAGAGGUGAGAUGUGUUGUUCUUCUAUGCAGAAAAGGUAUGACAGAUCUAAUGUGAGAGCAAAGAUGGGGAUUUUACUUAAAUAGCACUAAAACAUAAUGAUUUUUUCUAAAUAGCAUCACAUGUGUUUUUCUUCCCAAUGUAGCACUUUAGUCAUUAUGCAUUAGUCAUUAUAUAAGUAAAUAUUCGUCAUCACUGGACAUUAUGACCAUUAUUAAGUGUCAUUUAGGGAAUAAAAUAAUUUAAGUGCUAUUUAGAAAAAUGACUUCAGUUUUAGUGCUAUUUAGUGCAAAUAUUUCUUCGGUUAUUGGUUGCCAUCAAAUGUUAAUUAUACAGGAUUUCAUGGAGUCUUCUACACAUCAACUUUAACACUGUUAGCAAUUAUACGGGUGAGAAAAGGUAAAUUUUCACCUGUCAAACUCUGUUUAGAAUAGAAAGGUGGCCACACUGCAGUUCUCUCUCUCUGGCGUCCUCAGCACUCUCUUCGGCAUCCUCUCCAAACAAGGGAGUUGAAUUCCGACAUGGCUUCCUUAUCUUUUUUGCCGUCUCGGUCCAAGUCUACUCCAGCUGAUUCUAGCGAGUUCUUCACUGUUAACAUCAAUGCCGGUUCCAUAAAAACCGAGCUGUCCAACGAUGCCGCAAUGACUGAGGCUAGAAGAAACCGUGAUAAGAGGUACGUCGUGGGUCGAAUUCUGGCGGCCAGCAGCGCACUGGUGGCGGAGAGGAGGAGAUUGUGGCAUAUUGUACCACCUCUGCAUCUCCAUCUCCUGGUAGAAACUCAGGGCUUUUGUCUAGGAAGAUGAAGUCCAGGCUGUUAGACCCCCUGAGCCGGAAAGGAUGACCCUGAAGUCAGGGUGUGAAGGCGAGGAAGAUGAAGACCCUUUCAUGAAAAGGACGUACCUGAAAAUUUGAGCAAAAAGACCAACCUUUUGAGUCGUCCUUUGACUACACUGUAAUGGGUCGAUUUUAUCUUUAUCACUACAGCUCUCUUCUGUACUUUCAAGAUUUAUGUGCUAAGAAGUAUGAUUCUUGCUGGCAUUUACUUAUGGAAAUGGGUUUUUAUGAUGUUCUUGUGAUCUUUGGACGAAUUCUUUCGAGUGGGGGGACUCCCUAUUCGAUCAAUAUGUAGUUCAAACUUUGUAUGGCAUUCCGUCGACUAGGAUUUCCCGUGAGCAAGAGGGGGAUGAUGACAAGACAGUGGCCACUACAAGCAGCCCACGUGCAUGGUUUUCAAGAUUCAUGCCUAAGAAAAACAAGUCCGAGGGGUGAAGAAGCACUCUCGAUCACCUGAGGAGGCUUACUCAGAAAAAUAUCUCAGCCUGGACUGUGAAGAGGCUGAUGCGGAUUGUUCGGA